AUGGGUAAAGGAAAGAACCACGACAAGUCCACCAAGAAGGCGGACCAUGGCAAGGUCAAGUCCUCCGCCCAGAAGGGCGAGUUCAACCUUAAGCGUGUGAAGGGCGAGAACUUCUACCGCGAUGCCAAGGCCGCUUCUCGUCUCAAGAUGCUCAACGGUGGAAAGGCGGUGCGCAACAAGGAUGGUGUCAUCGUUGAGGCUGCCGCUUUCCAGAGCAAGGAGGUCACCCCUGGUCGUGUGCAGCCCGACCGCCGCUGGUUCGGCAACACGCGUGUCAUUUCGCAGACCGCGCUCGACCACUUCCGUACCGCGCUCGCUGGCCACAAGGCCGACCCUUACUCAGUCCUGCUUAAGCGCAACAAGCUCCCCAUGGGCCUGAUUCAGGACGAGAGCGAGCAGGCCACCAAGCGUGUCCACAUUGUCGAGACUGAGCCUUUCGCCAACACUUUCGGCCCCAAGGCCCAGCGCAAGCGCCCCCGUCUCGACGUUGGCUCGCUUUCUGAGCUCGGCGAGUCGUCGGCUGCCACGGACGCCAAGAUUGAGGACACUGUCUCGGCCGACCAGGAGGCCGCCGCCGCCUUCCACCCUACCCGUUCGCUCGCCUCCGCGCCAGCCUACGCCAAGGGUACCUCGCGUCGUAUCUGGGCCGAGCUGUACAAGGUCCUCGACUCGUCGGACGUUGUCAUUCACGUCCUGGACGCCCGUGACCCUAUCGGCACCCGCUGCAAGCCCGUUGUCGAGUAUCUCCGCAGGGAGAAGGCCCACAAGCACCUCGUCUACGUCCUGAACAAGGUCGACCUUGUCCCCACUUGGGUUACAGCUCGUUGGGUCAAGCACCUUUCGCUCUCGGCUCCCACCAUUGCGUUCCACGCGUCGAUCAACAACUCGUUCGGCAAGGGUUCGCUCAUCCAGCUGCUCCGUCAGUUCUCGGUCCUCCACUCGGACAAGAAGCAGAUCUCUGUCGGCUUCAUCGGCUACCCCAACGUUGGAAAGUCGAGCAUCAUCAACACCAUCAAGAAGAAGAAGGUGUGCACUGUUGCUCCUAUCCCCGGAGAGACCAAGGUGUGGCAGUACAUUACCCUUAUGCGCCGCAUCUACCUCAUCGACUGCCCCGGUGUUGUUCCCAUUUCGGCCAAGGACACCGAGGCCGACACCGUUCUCAAGGGUGUCGUGCGUGUGGAGAACCUCGACACUCCCGCCGAGCACAUCCCCACCCUUCUUGCUCGCGUUCGCCAAGAGUACAUUGAGCGUACCUACGGCCUCGAGCACCGCGAGGGUGGCUGGCACGGCGAGGAGGGCGCUGCUAUCCUUCUUGGUACCAUUGCCAAGAAGGCCGGUAAGCUCCUCAAGGGUGGUGAGCCCGACCACGAGGCUGCUGCGAAGAUGGUCCUCAACGACUGGAUCCGUGGCAAGAUCCCCUUCUUCGUUCCCCCUCCUGCCCGUCCCACCGAGGAGGGCCCUGUUGCCAAGGAGGAGCCCGUCAACGAGGCUUCGGAGGCUACCACUGCUGUCCUCGAGGCCCAGGAGAUUGCCCUCGGCAACCUUCUGGGUGAGAAGAAGGUCAAGGGUGUUCCCCAGGCCAUCAAGAAGAUCGUUACCAUGACCAAGUACCUCGCCGACGACCGCACCAAGGAGGGCGAGUUUGACGAGGACGACAAGAUGGACGAGGGCAAGGGCUACGAGAAGGAUGACGAGGAGGACGAGGACAUGGAGGAGGAUGACGAGGAGGAGGAGGAGGAGAGUUCCGACGAGGAGGUCGACGAGUCCAACGCCGACCUUGCUUGGGAGGACGUCUUCCCGGCCGACAACGAUGCUCCUUCCGCCAAGAAGGCUCGUGUCGAGGUCGAGUCGGAGUCGGAGUCGGACGGUGCCAAGCCUGUCAAGGAGAAGCGUGUUACUACCAACAAGAAGAAGGCUACCAACUUCUUCACGUUUGCCAACGUCAAGAACCGCAACCGCGAACGCAAGGCGCCCAAGCCGGAGGAGGUUUUGGACCGCAAGCCCGGUUCCAAGGCGGGCAACAAGAUGCGUCGCUCGCUGAAGAAGUAG